AUGACAUACUAUCUAGCUGAUGGUAUCUACCCUUCUUAUCCAACUUUCGUCAAAUCAAUUAGACUUCCUCAAAGUGAACCUGAUAAGUUAUUCGCAAAACAUCAGGAGAGCUGUCGGAAGGACAUCGAACGUGCUUUUGGAGUGCUUCAAGCUCGAUUUAAAAUCAUUCGUGAACCAGCUCGCUUGUGGGACAUAGCUGAUUUAGGUAUCAUCAUGAGGUCAUGCAUCAUAUUACAUAAUAUGAUUGUUGAGGAUGAACGAGAUACAUAUGCUCAACGUUGGACCGAUUUUGAGCAAUCUGAUGGAAGUGGAUCUAGUACACCGCAACCAUACUCGACUGAGGUGUUACCCACUUUUGCAAAUCAUGUGUGUGCUAUAUCCGAGUUGCGUGAUCCAAAUCUAUUUGUGUAA